AUCUUCUUUUUGAGAAUGGCAAUGAAUAAUCAAUUAGGUUUUAGGUGAGAGAAUUUUCAUUCAAAGUUUGAAGUUGUAUGACAAAUGCCUUUAAUAUAAACAAUUAUUCUUCCCCAAUAUCCUCCUUUGAUUAAAGCCCACCAGCCUCAGAACCACGAAGCUGCAGUCGAUACGAGACUACCCAUAUUUUUCUUCGAAAGUCAGCUAACAUGAAGGAUUCAGUACUCUCUAUAUAUGUCUAACAGUCAAAACAGAGCUGACCAAGCUUUGCAGAAGUUAAGAGGGAGAGGAGUUCUAAGUCGAUUGAAGCAAACCUUUUAACAACAGAGGUUUCCGUCAUAUUUUCAACAGGUAUGAGGCUUAUCUUUGGGAUAUGCUAUUUUCACUUGCUUUGUUAUUCCCGCCCCCCGAUACUAGAUUACCCAUAGUUUUCUUCGAAAGUCAGCUAACAUGAAGGAGUCAGUACUCUCUACAUAUGUCUAACAGUCAAAACAGAGCUGACCAAGCUUUGCAGAAGUUAAGAGGGAGAGGAGUUCUAAGUCGAUUGAAGCAAACCUUUUAACAACAGAGGUUUCCGUCAUAUUUUCAACAGUUUCUGGGUCAUAUUCAGGGCUCUGCCUUUCAAAAUGGGAUGCAUUUCUUCAAAAUUCGUGACCAGAUCAACCAGUUUUCAUGAAGGGCAAAAUCAAAGUUUGCAGAGAGCCAAUGACAUUCCUGUGCUGGAGGAACCAAACAUGUCCUCUAGUGGCAGCGACCACUAUCUUGCUCUUGUCCACACUGCUAACAUGGUAGCCAAAAAACUCCAAUCUUGGGAUUCCAAUUCAAACACAAGUUCCAAACGAGACAUUGAACCUGCUAGAACUGAGACUGAUAGCAAAUGGGAGUUGAUAGCAAGUUUAGAUCAUGGAGUAGUAGAGCAUGCCCAGCCAGCUCCAAAAGUAAUGGGAUCCACUGAUACUGAUUUCAGAAGGCGGUCUAGAAGUUGUCAUUGGUCUCCAGAGCAUCGAGUGUCUUCCUUUACUGUGGAGUUUACUGAGGGGAUUAAGGAAGAGAAAUCUUAUAGGCGUUGUAAUGGUAUGGCACGCAGCAGGAGUAUACACACAGUAGAAGAAUAUGAUGCAAUGUUAGAAAAUAUACGAUCUGGUGUGCAGCAAAGAUGGCUCGAUGGCAAGGAUUACAGUUCCAACAUGCAGCAGGAGUAUACCAACACGAAGCCUCUUGGUUCCAAAACCUCAUCAAAGAAAUCUUACCAUGCUGAGGAUAAAGAAGAGUCAGGUUUGCAGGAAAUGAAACAAUUGUGCUCAAAGGGUGAAGAUUUGGUACUUGAGUACACUACUGAAGACUUGAUGAGAUCAGAAGCAGAAACCAAGGUGGCAAUACCAAGUCCUAACAGCAACAGCUCAAGUUCAGGUCAAGAAAACCGAGAAGUGAUUCCAUCUCCUUGUAGCUCCAGCUCAACCAAGGAAUCACAUUUAUCUGAGGUUGCUGGUCAAGAAGGACGCAUGUUUGGGAAGGGUUUUAAAAGAAAGGAAAUUUCCGAGGAUCUAGAAUCACUGAGAAUCCCACCAAACUUUGAACUCCCAACAAUUUUAAGUCUUAGGGAAUGGCUUCAUGUUGGGGGUCAAGUCUACUCUCCUGGAUCUUAUGCCACUCCGAAGUUUGGUAGUUAUUCUUUACCAAUUCGUGGUACUGUAAGUGAAUGCAGUGAAGACUUCAUCUUCAAUCCAGAAAUGGUGGCUGCCUAUGAGAAAUGUAUGCACCAACUUGAAGCAGAAGAAGAAAGCGUUAUCCAGCAAAUUGUGGAGGGUUCUGAAGAAGAAUGUACUAAAGAUAAGCAUGCCAAAGUCUAUACCUUAGAGGAAACCAAGAGCAUGUAGUUCACAACCCUCCCAUUAGGAGAUACAGCAAAGCAAUAUUAAUAAACAAAUUUAGUGGUAAAUACAUAUAUGUCCUGUCAGGAAGGGAAUAAAACCUGUUUACAAAGAUUCAAGCAAUUCAAGUUAUAUCUAUCCCAUUUGAGUUUGAA